AUGAAACUACGAACUACAUCGGCGCGAUCCUUCCAACUCUUAUCCGCGAAUUCUAGAAGUACAUAUAAAGGUUCAAGGAGUUGGAUAUGUAUGAAUCGCUGUGAUCUCAGCGGCGGAAAUGGAAGGAGAUAUAUCUCUGCGAUCGCAUUGGGACCAAGGAAAGCAGCCUCAAACUUAGAUGCUACUUCAUUAACACCAAGACGUUUACUGGCCCUUCCCGCAUCUUUCAUCGCAGGGCAGCGAAGGUCUUUGGCAACUGUACAAAAUGAAAAUCCGGAUGAUCGAGGACCUAUGAAGGAAUACAAUGCGCGCGUUGCAUCGGGACAAUUGAGGGACGAUGAACACCAGAGAGGCAUUAUACAGAAUCUUCAACAUCUCCACGACGAAUUGCGAUAUUAUAAUGCGCCCGCGAUUGUUCACCCAACCCUCGAAUCUCUUCAACCUCGGCCAACUUCCAUGUUUGGACGUAUAUUUGGAAACAAACCCAAGGAAUCGGCCUUGAAGGAAAUACCAGAGAACCUUCCUCGAGGACUUUAUUUAUAUGGAGAUGUAGGAAGUGGAAAGACUAUGUUGAUGGAUAUGUUUUAUGAGACACUGCCAAGUAGUGUAGCAUCGAAAACGAGGAUCCAUUUCCACAAUUUUAUGCAGGAUGUUCAUAAGAGGUUACACAAAAUGAAAAUGCAGUACGGAAAUGAUAUUGAUGCUGUACCUUUUGUGGCAGCGGACAUUGCGGAAAAGGGAAAUGUGCUGUGUUUUGAUGAAUUUCAAUGCACAGAUGUGGCGGAUGCUAUGAUCUUGAGAAGACUUCUGGAAUCUUUGAUGUCCCAUGGAGUCGUUCUUGUCACCACCUCCAAUCGUCAUCCGGACGACCUUUACCGUAACGGUAUUCAAAGAGAAUCUUUCAUUCCUUGUAUCAAUCUCCUCAAGUCCCGCCUCCACGUAAUCAACCUCGACAGUCCCACAGAUUACCGAAAGAUUCCUCGUCCUCCUUCCGGCGUCUAUCAUUGUCCUCUAGACGCUCACGCGCCUACUCAUGCGGAAAAAUGGUUCCGUUUUCUUGGUGACCCUGAACAAUCUACCCCUCAUUCAGAAACUCAACAUGUCUGGGGUCGGGCAAUUCACGUUCCGAAAGUUAGUGGUAAAGCCGCUAUGUUUACGUUUGAUGAGUUGAUUGGAAAACCAACUAGCGCAGCGGACUACAUUGAACUUAUGCGAAGCUACGACGCAUUUAUCGUUACGAAUGUUCCUGGGAUGACACAUCAACAACGUGAUCUCGCUCGUCGUUUUAUCACGUUCAUCGAUGCCGUCUAUGAAUCUCGUGCCAAGCUUGUCUUGACGACUGCGGUACCGCUGACGCAGUUAUUUUUGUCGAAGGAAGAAAUUCAAGAUAGCAUGAAGAAAGAAGUGGAGGAUAAGAAAGGGCAGAAAGAAGGUAAUGAAGGAGAAGAACUUGAUGAUGCAAUGAGAAUGAUGAUGGAUGAUUUGGGAAUGAAUAUGAAUAUGUUGAAGAAUAGUAGCAUCUUUAGUGGAGAUGAAGAAAGAUUCGCGUUUGCGAGAGCGCUGAGUCGAUUGAGUGAGAUGGGGAGUCAGCAGUGGGUAGAGAGGGGUAUGGGAUUGGAGAAAGAUGGGGGGAAGAAGGAGAAGGAGGGUUGGCAGAAGGUGAGAAGUAAGAGGUUGGAGGAUAGUAUGUAG